GAUUGUCAAGUUUUGUUAUCCGCCCAUUAACACAUGGCUUGCUUAUCCUAGAAAAGAUUUGCGAUUAAUCGCAACAAACUAUAUUCGGGUGGGAGCGGACAACGCCUUAAAGAAAGCGUCUCUACGGCCUCAAGCCUCAAAGCCAACUUAUUUCGAUUCUGAUUCUGAACCCAAAAUUUCUAUCAUUAUUCACCCGGUUGAAAAAUAGGGUAGGAGCUCCCUGCUGCCAUUGAUGUUCUUACUAUUUUUCGGUAACAUUUUCUUCUUUGUUGAUAACUUAUCCACUUUCACACUCCAGAUGCUUUUAGUCCUUAGCCGGUGGUAUAGCUGAAUUUAGAACAAAAUUACCCGGAAAAAGUGACACAAUGGCAUCCAUGAAUCAAACUCCCCUAGCUUUCCCUUCCCGCCAAACCCUUAAACCCACCACUAUUAAUCAGCACAACCACCUCCCCUCCGCCCUAACCUCCACAAUAACACUCCCUCAGCUGAAACAAAUCCACUGUCAGAUUCUCAAAACUGGUCUAAACCAUUCAAAUCCACUCCUCCUCGAAUUCCUCAUUUCAUCUUUUUCUCUCCCUAACAGUCUCGAUUACGCUCUUUCAGUUUUCAAUCAAAUAUCAGAACUUGAAACCCAUUUCUGUAAUCAGGUUUUAAGAGCAUUAUCUAGAAGUAUCCAACCAGAAAAGACUUUUUUAGUUUAUGAGAAAAUGAGAAAAGAUGGAGUCGUCGUUGAUAGAUUUAGUUUGCCUUCUCUUUUAAAAGCUUCAUCUCGGAUUUCUGGGUUGAAACAAGGAGUGGAGCUUCAUGGGUUUGCUUCAAAAUUAGGUUUUGAUGUAGACCCUUAUGUUCAAACUGGUUUGGUCAGAGUUUAUGCCGCUUGUGGACGUAUUCUUGAGUCGCGUCUGUUGUUUGAUAAAAUGCUUCAAAGAGAUAUUGUUACUUGGAGCAUUAUGAUUGAUGGUUAUUAUCAAAGCCAACUUUAUGACGAAGCCUUGGUGAUGUUUGAAGAAAUGAAGAAUUCAAACGUGGAGCCUGAUAGACUGGUUCUUACUACCAUUCUUUCAGCUUGCAGUCGAACGAGAAAUUUGAAAUCAGGUAAAGCUAUCCAUGACUACAUUAUGAAAAAGAAUGUUGUGAUGGACGCUCAUUUGCAGAGUACCCUUAUUACCAUGUAUGCAAAUUGCGGGUCCAUGGAUAUGGCUCAACAUUUAUACGACAAGUUGAGACCAAGCAACAUAAUUGCUACCACCACCAUGAUCACUGGGUACUCGAAAAUUGGGAAGAUAGAAGCUGCUCGAUCCAUUUUUGAUCAAAUUUCUGAAAAAGACUUGGUCUCGUGGAGUGCAAUGAUUUCUGGUUAUGCGGAGAGUGAUUGGCCUCAAGAAUCUCUUAAACUAUUUAAUGAUAUGCAAGCUUCUGGUCUUAAACCUGAUCAAGUCACCAUGUUGAGUGUUAUCUCAGCUUGUUCGCAACUGGGCGCUUUGGAUCAAGCCGAAUGGGUUCGUAUCUUCAUCGAAAACCUUGGAUUUGGAAAUGUCCUGCCUAUAAAUAAUGCUCUUAUUGACAUGUAUGCAAAAUGUGGGAAUUUAGCUGAAGCAAAGAGGGUCUUUGAUAAGAUGCGUAAAAGAAAUGUAAUCUCUUGGACGAGUAUGAUUACGGGAUUUGGGAUACAUGGAAAUGCUGAUACUGCACUACGGCUUUUCCAUCAAAUGAAAGAUGAGAAAAUAGAGCCGAAUGCCGUGACAUUUAUGGGCAUUUUAUAUGCUUGUAGCCAUGCAGGGUUAGUCGAUAUGGGCCGUCAAAUAUUUGCCUCGAUGACAAAUGAUUACAAGAUUGCACCCCAGCAAGAGCAUUAUGGUUGCAUGGUAGAUCUUUUCGGUCGUGCCAAUCUACUCAGAGAAGCCCUAGAGCUCAUUGAAUCAAUGCCAUUUCCUCCCAAUGUUAUUGUAUGGGGAGCUCUAUUAUCAGCUUGCAAGGUUCACAAUGACGUUGAAUUAGGAGAAUUUGCCGCAAAAAGACUUCUUGAUUUGGACCCAGAACAUGAUGGCGCCCAUGUUCAGCUAUCAAACAUCUAUGCGAAGGCAGGGAGAUGGAAUGAUGUUGAAGAAGUAAGGAAGUUUAUGAAAAAUCAAGGCAUUUCUAAAGAAAAAGGGGGUAGCAGGAUAGAAUUGAAUGGUCAAAUACAUGAGUUUUUAGUGCGUGAUAAGAAUCAUCCACAGGUCAAUGAGAUAUACGAGAAGUUAGAUGAGGUUGUGAACAAGUUAAAGUUGGUGGGUUAUGCUCCGAAUUCUACUGGAAGUGUGUUAGUUGAUUUAGAAGAGGAAGAGAAGAAAGAAGUAGUUCUCUGGCACAGUGAGAAAUUAGCUCUCUGUUAUGGAUUACUCGGUGUGGAAAAAGGUUCCUGUAUUAGGAUAGUUAAGAAUCUUAGGGUAUGCGAAGAUUGUCACACUUUUAUCAAAUUGGUUUCUAAGGUAUAUGAGAUGGAAAUAGCUGUUAGAGACAGAAGUAGAUUUCACCAUUACAAAGAUGGUGUCUGUUCCUGUAAAGAUUACUGGUAACAUCUUUCUGUAUUCUCAUGUGAAUUUAAAAAUGUUAUUCGGAUUUUCCCU